ACUCAAAAUCAAAAUCUAAUGACAAUCAAAUGAGCUUUUUACAGAUCUUAGGACUCUGCAAAGUUUUGUUGCUUCUGGGCCCAUUAGAUUCCCCUCGUGAGGAACUCAGGCAUGAGUUUCUUCCCACCACCCACUCCCUCUCUUCUCUCCCUUUAAAACCAUCCCCUCCCAUUCAAUUUCUCACUGUCUCUCAUGCAUCUAACCCCUCUCUCUCUCUCUAGAAACCAUCUCUCCCUUUAACUCUCUUUCUCUCUCUAGAAACAUGGCCGCAUCAGCUUCUUUCAUGGCGACUGCAAACCCAUUGCAAUCUGCGAACCCACUAAAUUGUUUCUCUCCAUUACAGAGGCCCCCACAAUACAGAGGGAACUCGUCUUCCAAAAGACAGGUUUGUGUGAGGGCCAGUGGUUCAGAGGAGGAGGGGAAGGUGAUAAUCAGGAGAGAGAAAAGUGGUUGGAAGAUUGAUUUCUCCAAGGAAAAACCCCAGACUCCUUUGUUGGACACAAUUAAUUACCCCAAUCAUAUGAAAAAUCUGUCUGCUCAGGAUUUGGAGCAAUUAGCAGCUGAGUUGAGAGCAGAGAUCGUAUAUACAGUAGCAAAGACAGGGGGCCAUUUGAGUGCAAGCCUUGGAGUCGUGGAGCUAUCUGUGGCACUCCACCAUGUCUUCAGCACUCCUGACGAUAGGAUCAUUUGGGAUGUUGGCCAUCAGGCUUACCCACAUAAGAUUUUGACUGGAAGAAGGUCCAGAAUGCACACCAUUAGACAAACCUCAGGCCUUGCAGGUUUUCCUAAGAGAGAUGAAAGCAUCCAUGAUGCUUUUGGUGCUGGACAUAGCUCUACGAGUAUUUCUGCUGGUCUUGGGAUGGCGGUUGCUAGGGACUUGUUGGGGAAGAGCAACCAUGUUAUAUCAGUGAUUGGAGAUGGGGCCAUGACUGCUGGCCAGGCUUAUGAGGCCAUGAAUAACUCUGGUUAUUUGGACUCGAACCUUAUAAUUAUUUUGAAUGAUAAUAAGCAGGUUUCUCUCCCCACUGCGACUCUUGAUGGCCCAGCAACUCCCGUUGGUGCUCUUAGUAGUGCUCUCACUAGGCUUCAGGCCAGCACCAAAUUCCGCAUGCUUCGUGAAGCUGCAAAGAGCAUCACAAAACAAAUUGGUGGGCAAACCCACGAAGUUGCAGCUAAAGUUGACGAAUAUGCAAGGGGAAUGAUUAGUGCUUCUGGUUCAUCACUGUUUGAGGAGCUCGGUUUGUAUUAUAUUGGCCCUGUUGAUGGCCAUAACAUCGAGGACUUAACCACCAUUUUCAAGAAGGUGAAAGCCAUGCCCGCUCCUGGGCCUGUUCUUAUCCAUAUUGUCACAGAGAAAGGAAAGGGUUAUCCUCCUGCUGAGGCAGCUCCUGAUAAAAUGCAUGGGGUGGUGAAGUUCGAACCAAAAACUGGGAAACAAUUCAAAUCCAAAUCUCCCACUCUCUCAUAUACACAAUACUUUGCAGAGUCUCUUAUUGCAGAAGCAGAGAGAGAUAAUAAGAUUGUAGCAAUCCAUGCCGCAAUGGGUGGUGGAACUGGCCUCAAUUUCUUCCAAAAGAAGUUCCCUGAUCGAUGCUUCGAUGUUGGGAUUGCUGAGCAACAUGCCGUUACCUUUGCUGCAGGCCUUGCUACUGAGGGCCUCAAGCCUUUUUGUGCCAUUUACUCAUCCUUCCUCCAACGAGGCUAUGACCAGGUGGUGCAUGAUGUGGAUCUUCAAAAAUUGCCUGUUCGGUUUGCACUAGACCGAGCAGGACUAGUUGGAGCUGAUGGGCCAACACAUUGUGGAGCUUUUGAUAUUGCAUACAUGGCUUGCUUGCCUAACAUGGUGGUUAUGGCACCCUCUGAUGAGGCUGAGCUGAUGAACAUGGUUGCUACAGCAGCUGCCAUUGAUGAUAGACCGAGCUGUUUCAGGUUCCCAAGGGGCAAUGGAGUUGGCGCUACAGUUCCUCCCAAUAACAAAGGAACUCCUCUUGCGAUUGGGAAGGGAAGAAUUUUGAUGGAGGGCAGUAGAGUGGCAAUUCUUGGAUUCGGGUCCAUUGUUCAGAACUGCAUUGGAGCUUCGACAUUGCUAAAAGAGCAAGGUAUCAAUGUUACACUUGCUGAUGCUCGUUUCUGCAAGCCUCUAGAUUUCGACCUUAUCAGAAGACUGGCUAGGGAACACGAAAUCCUAGUCACAGUGGAAGAAGGCUCCAUUGGAGGUUUUGGAUCCCAUGUUUCUCAUCUCCUAAGUUUAGAUGGCCUUCUCGAUGGAAAUCUCAAGUUAAGAGCCAUGGUACUACCUGAUAGAUACAUUGACCAUGGAUCUCCACAAGAUCAGAUAGAGGAAGCAGGCCUAUCUUCAAGGCAUAUUGCUGCAACAGUUCUCUCUCUCUUGGGAAUGCCAAAAGAGGCCUUCCAGUUCAAGUGAUUCAAAUCUCAAAGAUUUUAGGACCAAUAAAAACGAACCCAGAAAAUAUCUGAUCCCCAAGGUUUCAGCAGUGCUUCACUUGCAGGACCUGGAGACUGUAAAUUGAAGAAAUGAGAAAUGGGUGUCUGAGAAAUUUGUCUCUAAAUAUAAAGUUGUUAAUUCUGGGAGACUUGGCAUUUUGUCCCAUUAAAAUUGCCUAAAACUAAUAAACCACUUGGGACGACAGCUUUAUUGUGGGGGAAUCAAAUCCUGGCUUGUGAUCAAGUUGUUCUUCAUGAUAUGGAUUCAGAGAAGACAUCUACUUACAAAAGAAAAUGUAUAUGAAAGGGGGAAAGAGCCUCCAUUCGUUCUUUGUUUUUUCCCUUAUCUCUUUGUUAAGGCAUGUUGCAUAUAUAUAAAUAUUCAAUUUCAUAUUGUAUCCUACAUCUCAGGAAUGGAAAAUAUAUUUUUCAUUUGAGUGA